UAAACUCAAUGCAGAUGAUGAGCGAAAAGACAAAUCGGAGGAGGGCAUUAAAGAGGUAUUCAUCAAUGCAGAAAUGAUAGAAGAGAAUGGAGGAAAGGUAGCUCUCGAAGAGGGUUGUUUGAGUAUCCCUAAUAUUUAUGGUCACGUGGAAAGAGAAAAGAAGAUAAAGAUGCGCUAUUAUAAUGCUAAGCUAGAACUGCAGGAGAAAGUAUUCACGGGAUUUACUGCU